UGUGAGGAGACCGAAGGGCCUGUUCAAAUAAAAUAUGGAUGUAGUGCGUGUGUAUCCUGCACUUUUGGUGGGACCCAAUAAAAAAUAAAAUGGCUAUUUUUCUCUGCCAUUGCGGCCCCACAGAAAUGAAUAGACCGCAGAAACUGCGGAUAGGACGCGGACUGAGAAUCCAGUCACAUGAAUGCUCACUAAUAGUAUGUCUCCUCUCUGUGACUUUGAUAUGAUUGAAUUGGACACUGGAAAUGGAUUUUCUUAUGGAGACUAUUUUGCCUCAGUCAACCAGUGUAGCAACAUGGCCACAGGUACUGACGUCACAACGCAUACACCCAGGUAUGUGCCAGCACAAGGCAGCUGCAUAAUAGCUAAUAAUGAAAAUCCGCCCCAAAAAAAACAAAUUGCAUAAGAAAUACACGACUCUGGGUUAUUUAACUAGGUAAGCUCGUCAAACGACCCCGCCGUGACGUAGUCAAGUCAUUUUUAAAAACGCUAGGACGAAUUCGCGAGAACUGGUCUUGGAAUAUGCAAAUAAUCAGCACGUGACUCGAGCAGGCCAAUGGUAGCGCGCACUGAGUUAGCAAACGUGAGGACGGUUGAAGCGUUGUCAGCCAUCUUGGAGCCGGGAGGACGGCUACUCCGCUAAUUUUUCCUCUCUUUUUAAAAACGUCAAUUAGAGGCUGGUGAGACAUAGUUAUCCAUCAGGACGGUGAACCGGGAGGCUUGACGUUAUUAGUGUGACUGUUUCUGUCUGCGAGGAAGAACACCGGCCCAGCUCAUCAUUGAAAAACAUAACGAGGCGGAGGGCGCUGACAUCAUGGUGCAGUCCUGUUCUGCUUACGGCUGCAAAAACCGAUAUGAUAAGGAUAGACCCGUCUCGUUUCACAAAUUUCCCUUAACUCGGCCACUUCUUUGUAAGAAAUGGGAGGCUGCGGUCAGGAGGGCUGACUUUAAACCAACCAAGUACAGUAGCAUCUGUUCUGACCACUUUACACCUGACUGCUUUAAGAGAGCCUGUAACAAUAAGCUACUCAAGGAUAAUGCUGUCCCAACGGUGUUCUCUUACACAGAUAUCAAGCCAGUGGCGAACACUAAUGAUGUUAAAAAAGAGGAACAAAGUGCACCUGUCCCGGCCGUUCCAGAAAUAGACCCUGCUAUUGGUUUGCUGCUGCCUCCUCCAUAUACUCCUAGUCAUAUAGCAGUGAUAUGUGACCACAACUACACAGUAGAAGAUACUGUCCAGCAGAGGAGGAGAAUACAACAGCUGGAAGAACAGGUUAAUAAGCUGAGAAAAAAGCUUAGAAUUGCAAACCAGAGGUGCCGAAGACAAGAGCGCAGUCUGGAAAAACUGGAAAAAGAAGUGUUAGAUUAUAAAAAUGGACCCGGCUUUGUGAUCCUCCCCAGCAACUAUUUUGAAGUGUACAAUGCGAGUGAAAGAACCGAGACCCCCACAAUUAUAAAUAUCUAAUCCUGGAGGUAAUUGAAUUGACCACCGUUAAUGAGGACCUGUCACCUCUCCAGACAUGUCUGUUUUAGUAACUACUUGCUUUUCCAAUGUAGCAACAAUUCUGGAACAUCUAUUCCUAUGUCGUGCUGUUACUCUGUUAUUCCUACUAGAGUUUUGUGAAUGAAUUCCCCCUUCUGCAAUAAAGGUCCAACUGGGUCUUACCAGUUGAAGGUGUGUCUUCCACUAUUCAAUCAGUGCUGGCAGUGCCAGAUCGUCCAGGGCACCCCCCCAAUUAUUAAUACCUAGAUGGACCUUUAUUGCAGACUGCUGGCAAUUAAUUUGUAACUUCUAGUAGGAGUAAUCGAGGAAAAGCAGUCCUAAGAAUAGAAGCCCCAGAAGACUUAUUUCAUGUGGGAUGCAAAUAGUUAUUAAAACAGACAUAUAAGGAGAGCUGACAGGUCCUCUUAAAGAGGACCAUGCAUGGUUUUGUGUUCAUUUAGAUAAAUACCUUUACUUGCGGUGUAGGGGCCUUAUGCUGAUGCAGAUUAAGGUGAGUUCAAUUAUUAUUAUAUUUUUUUUUUUUCACCUCCAGUCCUAUUGUACCAAGCAUUCUGUAUUAAGAAUGCUAUUAUUUUCCCUUAUAACCAUGUUAUAGUCCCAUAGAAAUGAAUGGGUCCGGAUUCAGUGCGGGUGCAAUGCGUUCACUUCAAUCGUUGCACCCGCGCGGAAAACUCGCCCGUGUGAAAGGGGCCUUAUGCUGAGCAUCGGUAAAAGGAGGAGGAGACCCCAGCGUUUCUCAAUGGGCGUCUUC